AUGGCCACAAAAGGCACCAAACGUCCUCACGAAAACUCAUUCAUCAAAUCAUCUCGACCAGUUGACGAAGAACAACUUCUUAUUAACGACUCUUCCCCAACUAUUCGUACUGGAGCGCAAGAUGUACCGUCGAAGAAGGGCAGAACCAAAGUCACAUCCUCAGACGGAAAUACUGACUCGAGCAAGCGCAGUCAAAAAAAGAAAACGAACGAGAAAGCAAGCAAAAGUGUAAAGUGGACGACUAAACAAAGGAUGCAGUUACUCAACGCCGUUUUAAAGAGAGUUGGUACCCUAAAUUGGAAAGAAAUCGCUGAAGAAGUGGAUGAAAAAGACAUGACAUCGUGUCGCCAACAAUGGAAUCGGAAAAUUAUUCCCGAUUUGAAGAAGGCUGCUGGGAAUGGUAUUAAAGGCAAUGAAUAA